AUGGCAACAAUCGUAAACGGCACUGCGUUCGUUCCAGCACUCAAUGGCUCUCUCAUUGAUCCGAACGACUGUACGAUUGGCGUGUGUUCGUUGGACUAUGCUCAGAUCGAGUAUAUUCCGACAUAUGGCGGCAACCUGGCGUACUGCAUCAUAUUCGCCGUCAUCCUUCUGGCUCACAUGGGUCUGGUAUGGAAGUACCGCACCUGGGGCUUCUUUGUUGGCAUGUUCUGUGGUCUUCUUCUCGAAGUACUCGGUUACGCUGGACGUAUUUCUCUCAGUGGCAACCCUUUCAACUUUGAUCAAUUUGUCUUAUAUCUUGUGUGCCUUACCAUCGGUCCAGCGUUCCUCACGGCAUCCAUCUACCUCUGUCUCGGCCGCAUCGUCAUCGUCUACGGUCAAAACAUCUCACGCUUCUCCCCAAGAUUCUACACCAUCACGUUCGUGAUCUGCGACUUUAUCAGCCUCCUGCUCCAAGCUGUCGGCGGUGCUCUAGCUGCCACACAAGAUGCGUCGGACCCGUCUCGUACUGGCGUUAAUAUCAUGAUCGCCGGUCUUGCCUGGCAAGUCGUAAGCCUGACAAUCUUUAUCGCGCUCAGCAUGGAGUUUGUCUACAGAGCACACAAAGCAAGAGAGAGCGACUUGAACUUCGAUUUCUUCGACCUCAGAAAGCGUACCAUGUUCCGCCUGCUCCCGUACGCUAUUGCGGUUGCAACCGUCACAAUCUACAUUCGUUGCGUCUUUCGUGUCGCAGAGCUCAAGGACGGGUUCGGAGGAGCCUUAGCCAAUGAUCAAACGGCGUUCAUGAUUCUGGAAGGACCGAUGAUCAUCAUUGCCACGGUCGUCUUGACUGUCUGUCAUCCUGGAAUUGCAUUUGGCAAUGCACAGUCUUGGGCAGCUGCAAACUGGACCUGGAAGAAGAACAAUAAGAGCGGCAACAACCACAUCAGGAUGGUGAGCCAGGAGACUACAACACCUUCGAUCGCAGAGAGUGAGACGACUGAGCUUCCCGAUAUGAAGACACGCGUCUGA